AGCAAACUCCAGGAGCAAGUGAACAGACUUUGAGGACCCCUCAAGAAUUCUAGACGAUCCUGCAAAAUUCCCAGUCCUUUGGAGAAGCCAUUGAGGGGGGCAGGCUUUAACCUGUCUGCAGUCUGGGGAAGAGGAGUCGGCCACUGUCAUUAGCUUGCUGCCCAGAGAGAAUGUCCCCAGGGCUGUGUCAUCACUGUGUGGCCCUCCGGGCCAAUGCCAUUGUGCGGAAGGGUGUCUUGGGUGUGGGUGCCUGAGAGACCAAGUGGGUGAGAAACAAUAAGGGUGGUUGUCUGUGUGUAUGAGACAGAAGCGGAGCUAAUGGAGUGGUAGCAGCAAGGGAGUAUGAGAGGGGAUGGAGCUGUGAAGCCCCGUGAUCCUGCCUAGUGCUGCCCUGGCCUUAGGGUACCCGCCAUUACCGGGGUGGCCGCUACCCGUUGUUUCUUGGCGCAAGCUCCUUGGCGGUCCAGGAUGGGGGAGACAGAGGAUGAGGAGCUAUAGAGCCUGUUCUUGGGAAGGAGGUGCAGGGCCCACUCUGCGCAGGGUUAUGUCCAAUCAGGAGGAGGAGGAGGAGGAGCCAGCAGAGCCCCGGGCCGUUGCUAGGUGACCGCGGAGCAGUGGCUCCACCUUCAUGGAACAGAGGAGGGUGGGUGCAUGACGUCAGGCGGAGCUGGUGCUGCGGCCGCCGAGGCUGCCAUCAGCCAGGGCAGGCGGACUGGGCCGGGCGCCUCACCGUUGCCUGCUGGAGGCUGGCAGGCUGGCUACGUACCCGCGGGGCCUCUGCAUCGGAGCAGCGGCCCUUUGCGGGCCGGGGAGCCGCUGGCCAGGAAGCUGAGGCUGCAGUGUUGGGAUUUGAUGCACUAAUCUCCUGUCUCCGCCGCCUUUCCCUCUGUUGGAUCUCUGUCCCUCCCUCCCUUCGUUUGUCCGUCCUCCUCUGUCCCUCCUCUCUCGCCUCCCUGCUUUCUUUGCUUUUCUGCAACCAUGAGACAGGCACCGACGGCCCGAAAGACCACCACUCGGCGGCCCAAGCCCACCCGCCCAGCCAGCACUGGGGUUGCGGGGGCCAGUAGCUCCCUGGGCCCCUCUGGCUCGGCAUCUGCGGGUGAGCUGAGCAGCAGUGAGCCUAGCACCCCAGCUCAGACCCCGCUGGCAGCACCCAUCAUCCCUACGCCGGCCCUCACCUCUCCUGGAGCAGCGCCCCCACUUCCAUCCCCCUCUAAGGAGGAGGAAGGGCUGCGGGCCCAGGUGCGGGACUUGGAGGAGAAGCUAGAGACGCUGCGCCUGAAACGGGCAGAAGACAAAGCGAAGCUGAAAGAGCUGGAGAAGCACAAGAUCCAGCUGGAGCAGGUGCAGGAAUGGAAGAGCAAGAUGCAGGAGCAGCAGGCAGACCUGCAGAGGCGCCUCAAGGAGGCGCGCAAGGAAGCCAAGGAGGCUCUGGAGGCCAAGGAGCGGUACAUGGAGGAGAUGGCCGACACGGCGGACGCCAUCGAGAUGGCCACGCUCGACAAGGAGAUGGCUGAAGAGCGGGCCGAGUCCCUGCAGCAGGAGGUGGAGGCGCUGAAGGAGCGUGUGGACGAGCUCACCACCGACCUGGAGAUCCUCAAGGCCGAGAUUGAGGAGAAGGGCUCAGACGGGGCCGCGUCCAGCUACCAGCUGAAGCAGCUCGAGGAGCAGAACGCCCGCCUGAAGGACGCCCUCGUGAGGAUGCGGGACCUUUCUUCUUCGGAGAAGCAGGAGCACGUGAAGCUCCAGAAACUUAUGGAAAAGAAGAACCAGGAGUUGGAAGUGGUGAGGCAGCAGCGGGAACGGCUGCAGGAGGAGCUGAGCCAGGCGGAGAGCACCAUUGAUGAGCUCAAGGAGCAGGUGGAUGCUGCGCUGGGUGCCGAGGAGAUGGUGGAGAUGCUGACAGACAGGAACCUGAAUCUGGAGGAGAAAGUGCGGGAGUUGAGGGAGACCGUGGGGGACUUGGAAGCGAUGAAUGAGAUGAAUGAUGAGCUGCAGGAGAAUGCCCGCGAGACAGAACUGGAGCUGCGGGAACAGCUGGACAUGGCCGGGGCCCGGGUGCGGGAGGCCCAGAAGCGUGUAGAGGCAGCCCAGGAGACAGUUGCAGACUACCAGCAAACCAUCAAGAAGUACCGCCAGCUGACUGCCCACCUACAGGAUGUGAAUCGGGAGCUGACAAACCAGCAGGAAGCAUCCGUGGAGAGGCAGCAGCAGCCUCCUCCGGAGACCUUUGACUUCAAGAUCAAGUUUGCUGAGACCAAGGCCCAUGCUAAGGCAAUUGAGAUGGAGUUGAGGCAGAUGGAGGUGGCCCAGGCCAACCGGCAUAUGUCCCUGCUGACAGCCUUCAUGCCCGACAGCUUUCUGCGGCCAGGUGGGGACCAUGACUGUGUCCUGGUGCUGCUGCUCAUGCCCCGCCUCAUCUGCAAGGCAGAGUUGAUCCGGAAACAGGCCCAGGAGAAGUUUGAACUUAGUGAGAACUGCUCCGAGCGGCCGGGACUGCGAGGAGCCGCGGGGGAGCAGCUCAGCUUUGCUGCAGGCCUGGUGUACUCGCUGAGCCUGCUGCAGGCCACUCUGCACCGCUACGAGCACGCCCUCGCCCAGUGUGGUGUGGACGUGUAUAAGAAGGUGGGCACCCUUUACCCUGAGAUGAGUGCCCACGAGCGCUCCCUGGACUUCCUCAUCGAGCUCUUGCACAAGGAUCAGCUGGACGAGACCGUCAACGUAGAGCCUCUCACCAAGGCCAUCAAGUACUACCAGCAUCUCUACAGCAUCCACCUGGCUGACCAGCCUGAGGACUGCACCCAGCAACUGGCUGACCACAUCAAGUUCACCCAGAGUGCCCUGGACUGCAUGAGUGUGGAGGUGGGGCGACUGCGCGCCUUUCUGCAAGGUGGGCAGGAGGCGUCCGACAUCGCCCUCCUGCUCCGGGACCUGGAGACAUCAUGCAGUGACAUCCGCCAGUUCUGCAAGAAGAUCCGCAGGCGCAUGCCGGGCACGGAUGCUCCCGGGAUCCCAACUGCACUGGCCUUCGGGACACAGGUCUCGGAUACACUGCUGGACGGCAGGAAGCACCUGACGUGGGUGGUGGCUGUGCUACAGGAGGUGGCAGCUGCGGCCGCCCAGCUCGUUGCCCCGCUGGCAGAGACCGAGGGGCUUCCUGUCGCUGCCUUGGAGGAGGUGGCGUUCAAAGCCAGCGAGCAGAUCUACGGGAGCUCAUCCAGCAGCCCCUACGAGUGCCUACGCCAGUCCUGCAGCAUCCUCAUCAGCACCAUGAACAAGCUGGCCACGGCCAUGCAGGAGGGGGAGUACGACGCAGAGCGGCCCCCCAGCAAGCCUCCCCCCGUGGAGCUGCGGGCGGCGGCCCUUCGUGCCGAGAUCACGGAUGCUGAAGGGCUGGGCUUGAAGCUUGAAGAUCGGGAGACGGUUAUCAAGGAGCUGAAGAAGUCACUCAAGAUCAAGGGAGAAGAACUGAGUGAGGCCAAUGUGCGGCUCAGCCUGCUGGAGAAGAAGCUGGACAGCGCGGCCAAGGAUGCCGACGAGCGGGCCGAGAAAGUGCAGACGCGGCUGGACGAGACGCAGGCUCUGCUGCGCAAGAAGGAGAAAGAGUUUGAAGAGACGAUGGACGCGCUGCAGGCCGACAUCGACCAGCUGGAGGCCGAGAAAGCGGAACUCAAGCAGCGGCUGAACAGCCAGUCGAAGCGGACCAUCGAGGGCCUCCGUGGGGCCCCGCCCUCGGGCAUCGCCACCCUCGUCUCUGGCAUUGCUGGCGAAGAGCAGCAGCGAGCAGGAGCCCCCGGACAGGCUCCUGGGUCCGUGCCAGGCCCGGGGGGGCCGGUGAAAGACUCGCCCCUGCUGCUGCAGCAGAUCUCCGCCCUGAGGCUGCACCUCUCCCAGCUGCAGCAUGAGAACAGCAUCCUCAAGGGAGCCCAGAUGAAGGCAUCUUUAGUGGCCCUGCCUCCCCUGCAUGUGGCCAAGGUGCCCCUCCCAGCCCACGAGGGCCCUGACCCUGAGGUGGCAGCAGGAGCACUGUAUCGCAAGACCAGCCAGCUGCUGGAGACGCUGAACCAGCUGAGCACGCACACCCACGUGGUGGACAUCACGCGCACCAGCCCCGCUUCCAAAAGCCCGUCUGCCCAGCUCCUGGAGCAGGUGGCUCAGCUCAAGGGACUGAGUGACACCAUCGAGAAGCUCAAGGAGGAGGUCUUCAAGGAGACGGUCUCUCAGCGCCCUGGAGCCACCGUCCCCACGGACUUUGCCACAUUCCCAUCCUCGGCCUUCCUCAGGGCCAAGGAGGAGCAGCGGGACGACACCGUCUACGUGGGGAAAGUGACCUUCUCGUGUGCGGCGGGCCUCGGGCAGCGGCACCGGCUGGUGCUGACCCAGGAGCAGCUGCACCAGCUUCACGGCCGCCUCAUCUCCUGAGUAGCACCUGGCUUUGCUGUGCCCGAUUCCCCUCAGCCGGCCCCAGGCAGAAUCAGGGCUAUCAAUUUGCUGCCCCACUCAGCUUCCCUGCCCAGCUUGGCAGUGCCCCACUCCAGGUGUCCCCGUCCCCUGGCUUCUGCCCGUAUUUGCUGUUUGGCUGCUCCCUGCUUCCUCGGGAGCCUCAGGGCGUGUGUGGGGUGGGUGAGGCCCCACCACCAAAAGUGAGUGAGGUCCCCUGGUUGAGGACGUCACCCCUUGAUUAAAGCAACUUCCUCUCGGUG